AUGGCAGAGCCGAGGGGAUCCGUUGCGUUCGCCGCGAGGCGGUGGAACGACCACGAAGGCACGACCGUCGGCGAAUUCACUUACACCAACAGCAACAGCACGAGGGACCCCUUCGAAGGGCCGAACUACCACAUCGCCCCCCGCUGGACCUACAACCUGACCAGCCUGUGGAUGGUCGUAGUGGUCAUCCUCUCGGUGUUCACCAACGGCUUGGUUCUGGUGGCCACCUGGAAGUUCAAGAAGCUCCGCCACCCCCUGAACUGGAUCCUGGUCAACCUGGCGAUCGCGGACCUCGGGGAGACCCUGUUCGCCAGCACCAUCAGCAUCUGCAACCAGGUCUUCGGCUACUUCAUCCUGGGGCACCCGAUGUGCGUGUUCGAGGGCUUCACCGUCUCGGCCUGCGGUAUCACGGCUCUCUGGUCUCUCACAAUCAUUGCCUGGGAACGGUGGGUUGUCGUUUGCAAACCUUUCGGGAACGUCAAGUUUGACGGAAAAUGGGCAGCGUUUGGAAUAAUCUUUUCCUGGGUUUGGUCCAUCGGCUGGUGUCUGCCGCCCGUGUUCGGCUGGAGCAGGUAUUGGCCACAUGGGCUGAAGACGUCCUGUGGCCCUGACGUGUUCAGUGGCAGCUCUGACCCCGGUGUCAAGUCGUACAUGGUGACCCUCGUCAUCACCUGCGCAGCUCUGCCCCUGACCAUCAUCAUCGUCUGCUACCUCCAAGUCUGGCUCGCUAUCAGGGCGGUGGCAAUGCAGCAGAAGGAGUCGGAAUCCACCCAAAAGGCGGAGAAGGAAGUGUCGCGAAUGGUGGUCGUAAUGAUCAUUGCUUUCUGCUUCUGUUGGGGACCGUACACCUCGUUUGCCGUCUUCUC